UGUGAGAUCGUAGCAACCAUGUCGCCCUACUUCAGGUAUAACCUUACGAUCUCUAGUCGUACAACCAUGCAUCUAACCCCUUAUAUCAGCCGCAGAGAUCGUCACUCCACCGAAGACAAAGGCCCAAAAUCACCACGUCUGCGUCUUACUCCAGUCAAACAACUCGACAUCUGCACUCAGAUCGCAAGCCUCAGAGUCCAGAUCUCCAAGCGCAACGACAAGAUUGAGAACUACAGAUCUCUGCAUGAAGAACACAUCACCAGUAUCCAGACUAACAUCACGCCUUAUAUUCGCCAUCAGAUUGAGCAUGCAGAAGCUGGUAGAGGUAUCCACAGAGGUAGUCAUUACCAGAUGCACCUCAUGAUGAAUCUGAGAAUCAGGGUGCAGUCUCUCAGAGACAUGAUUGAUCAGUGGAUGGCCGAGAACGCAAGCGAUGAGGCCAAAGUCGAACAAUUGAAGAAGGAAUUGGGCACCGACGAGGACGACUCGGAGGAUGGUGAGGAUGAUGACUGA